AACUGCACAUAUGUGAAUUGUUUUUGUUUAGCUUGGUGAAAACGGUCAGUGGACCGCUAACUCAAAUAUUUAAUUAUAUUUUUUAAAUAAUUACUCAAACGUGUGAAAUAACAAGAUUCGAGUCAAAUUUAAACAUUUAUUGGAAACAAACAUAUAGCAACACAUUUAUGAAAUGGCAUCCACACCAUCUAACAGCCCUGCAAUAAAGAAUGCCUCUAAAGAUGAUUCUGGAACUUCCAAAGAAGAACAAAGUGGCUCAGUUUCAAAUUCCCAUAAAAUAACUACAUUUUUCCCAGUGCUUAGGGGUGAAGGUCGGGCUAAAAUGUGCGCUUCAAAACCUGGAGAUGGUAAACAGAAAGAAAUUUUGCAAAAACUAAAAAGUAAAGAGGGUGUAUCUUUAAGAGGCAAGAGUCAAGAGCUCAAAUCAACUGCAGAACAAAGUCAAAAAUCGGAACUAAUUUCACAAGCCAAGGAAAAGUUGCAGGGAAAUAUCAUGUCAGCUCUUAAAACUCCUCUGGGUCAAGUUUUAAGAAAAAAUAUUAAAUCAAAUGAAGCUAAAAAAGAUCAAGUUACUGAAGAUGGUAAGACUUCAAAUAAAUCUGAGUCAGAAAAAAAUAUUACAAAAAAGGAUGCUGUGAGUGAAAAUCCUGCUGAGAGACUAAGAUCAAAUCAAAGGGCUAAAAAGAGUUUUGCAGAAAGUGAAUCAUCAAGGCCAUUGAGAAGGUUACAGAAACAACCUACUCACGCAGCCAAGUCUGCUCCAUCUAGUCUAAGAUCUGGUUUAAGAAAAACUUCUGAUAAUAAUCAAAGUGCUGCUUUGAGUGAUAAGCGUAAAGAUGUCAGUGAAGCUAAUGAAGUUUCUUCCAAUAAAAGUCUCCAAUCCGUCUCCAGACAACUGACUUUUUCUAAUACUACUUCAAUAGUUUCUUCAUCUCCAGUUGAUGAUGCAGAUAAUAGUAAUUUAAAUCAAAGUAACAAUUCUAGUGGCAAAUUAAAGAAAAAGAAGAAAAGGUUUUUUCGUGGAGGCACUUAUGGUUUAUAUUUGUCAAAGAAGAAACGAAAAAUAAUUAAAUCUAAUGAUGAAUCCAAAGAUGAUAACUGCAGUCUUGCUGGCACUGAAAAUAGUAGUUAUCUUGAUUCUGAUGAAGGCAAUAGCAUGAUGAGUGAAGAUCUGUAUAGUGCUUCAGAAAAAUCUCUCGCUGAUGAUGACCAUAAUGUCGAUUCAAGAAAUUCACCUGUUCCAGUUUCUGUAGAAACCAUAGAAUCAAAACAAGAUGUUACUAGCACAGAUGCUGACAAAAAACUCAACGAGGUAAAAGAGCAAGAAGAGAAUACAAGCAGGAGUAAAAAUGCUGAUGAAAAUGUUUCUCAGCCAGCUGAAACUGUUGCAAAACAAGAAGAAAAUAUUGAUCAGCAAGAUGAAAACACUAUACAGCAACGUGUAGACAAUAUACAGCAAGAUGAAGAUAAUGUUGAGCAAGAUGAAGACAAUGUGCAGCAAGAUGAAAAUACUGAACAAAGCUGCGAACUUGAUGAAAAUAAGCCUGAAUCUGCAAUUGUAAGUGAGUGUAGUGAGUCAAUCCAAAAUGUUGCUGAUGUCCUUGAAAGUUUAGAUCAAAUGCAGUGGGAUGAUUCAAAUAAUGCUAACUCUGAAAAACAGUUCUUAUCUGAAACUCCUAAAACAAUGCAAUAUGACGAUAUAAGCAAUGAAAGUUUUUCAAAUUCUGUUUUUCCUAGUAAAGAAUCUCCAGGAGAGAAUUCAAGUGAGAAGACCAAAGUGCUAUCUCCUGUAUCUGUUAAAGAAGAACAAACUACAGAUGAAUUAAAUGAUUCUGAAAAAAUGGAUUCUUCUUCUAGUAUGGGUAAAAUAAAUGAUAGUUCCAAAGACAUUGCUGAAAAUAUGGACAUAGAUCAAGAUGAUCAAUCUGAUCAAGAUGAAAAAAUGACUGAUGGUUUCAAAAGUGGUGAUGAGCAGGACAGUGCUGUCAAAAGUGGGGAUGAACAGGACAGUAAUAACAAAAGUGGUGAUGAACAAGACAAUAACUUCAAAAGUGGUGAUGAACAGGACAAUGCUUUGAAAAGUGGUGAUGAACAAGAUAGUGAAGGAGUAUUUUCCCCCAGUGAAAGUCCAGAAAAAGAUUCUGAUGCUCAAUCCACCAUUGCAACUUGUGUGAAAUCCAGGCAACGUAUAAAACGACGUUUCACAGAUGAUAUUGUGGACACAGAAGUUGGCUUACUUUCUUUAAAUCCUAUGCCUGCUCCUCGUAAGGUUCCUGUUCCAAAGCCAGAUCCACCUAAAGAUGUUAUUGAGACAUUUCAACCGAUUACUCACAGUGAAGCAAAGAAAGGCCCCAUUACAAAAAUUGAUAUAAUUUUUAAUAGUCGUCAGUCUCCAGUAAUGAAUUGUACUUGUGAAGGUGAUACAUAUGAGGCAAAUUUAGGAAGUGAGGAAGAAGGAGUAUUUUGCCAAGCUGUUGAUUCUAUUGAUGAUAAGCUGGUUGGAUGCUCUAAUCCUGUAGUGACUAAUAAACUUGUUCGAACUUCAGUGAAAAUACCUUUCACUAUUAUGUGUGAAAUGCAUUUAUGGAGGCUUAAACAUCACCAUUCUUGUCCUUAUUGUGGUCUUUUUUGCUCACAGGGCUCUUUUAUCCAAUGUGUGACUUUUAAAAAUAAACGUAGAGUUGUUCACCUGUAUCAUGAGCAGUGUCAGUCCAAAGAAGAAGGCAUUGGGACAUUUUGUUUGCAUUGUGGUGCAACUUCAGGUUUAAAGCAUGUCACUUUAGAAAUGCAUAUGGCUAGUCCACCUUCAUUUUUCUUAAGUCAGCUAACUAAUCAACCAUUACCCCAUGUUGAGAAAGCAAGAAUAUCAAUUUCUAAUGCUGUAGAGCGUAUGAAAGAUGACGAAGUUGUUGAUUUUUCUUACAGAAUAGAAGACACAGGAAAAGUAUUGUCAUCUGUUGGCUUGAAAAAUGGACCAGAAAAAGAUGAAUUGGAUAAAUUACUUCAAAUGAUGAAUGAAAAUCGUGACAUUCCAAACUAUCAUACUCAUGAAGAAUUUUAUACUGCUUCAGCUGAAGGCGACUUAUUAAAAGUUUUGAACAUAUUAGCCAGAGGAAUUGAUCCAAACUUAAAAUUUUCUGAUCAUGAGGAUGAUACUGCUUUACAUGCUGCAGCUGCUAAUGGUCAAACUACUGUAGUUCAUUUACUUAUACAGGCUGGAGCAAUUAAUGAUUCAUUGAAUGAACGAACAUACACUCCACUGAUGCUAGCUGUUGAAAAUAAUCAUAAAGAUGUAGUUUUUUAUCUUAUUAAAAAUGGGGCAUUAGCUGAUUUUAAAGGUGAAAAUGGAAUGUCAAGUUUUCACAUGGCUGCUAAAAAUGGAAACCUAGACAUAUUAAAAAUGUUGAUGAGCUCUAGGAAUGUGGAUAUAAAUGCUCAGGAUGAUGGAGGUUGGACACCUAUUGUUUGGGCAUCUGAACAUGACCACUAUGAAGUAGUUAAAUAUUUGUUAAAGAGAGGGGCUAAUCCUAACAUUAAAGAUAGUGAAGGUAAUACAGGAUUACAUUGGUCAGCAUUCUCUGGCAGUGUUGAUAUAAGUUACUUAUACUUAGAUUAUGGCUGUGAUAUCAAUGCUAGAAAUGAAAGAGGUGAUACCCCACUUCAUAUUGCAGCCAGACAAGAUGCAUUAGCUUGUGUCACGUUAUUUUUGUCUAGAGGUGCUGAUGUCCAAAUACGAAAUAAAAACAACCAAUUACCAGCUGAGUGUGUGAUAGACAAGACUAGUGAUACUCACUUAUCACUAAGUCUAAACAUGUUGUUGAAAAAAAUUGCUGGAAAAUAUCAACAUAGAUCCGAAAAAAUAUUAUCUAAGGACAUUUCACGAGGCAAAGAGCAAAUUGCUAUACCUUGUGUUAAUGAAGUGGAUGAUGAAGGUCCACCGCUAGACUUCCUUUAUGUCACAGAAAAUUGUGAAACAACGCCCCUGAACAUUGACAGAACUAUAACAUCAUUGCAGUCUUGCAGUUGUGAAGAUGAUUGUUCGUCAUCCAACUGUGUAUGUUCAAGCAUUAGUUACCAGUGUUGGUAUGAUAAGGAUGGCCUGCUUCUGCCCAAUUUUAAUUUAGUUGAUCCACCUAUGUUAUUUGAAUGUAAUCGGGCUUGCUCAUGUUGGGCACUUAGUUGUCGAAAUAGAGUUGUCCAAAAUGGCAUAACUUGUCGGCUGCAGCUCAUACGUACCAGAGGAAAAGGAUGGGGUGUUAGAACAUUGAAAGAUAUCCCCAAAGGAACAUUUAUUUGCGAGUAUGUGGGUGAGAUGAUAUCUGACUCUGCUGCUGAUAAAAGAGCUGAUGAUUCGUAUUUAUUUGAUCUAGACAAUCGAGAUGGAGAAACCUAUUGUUUAGAUGCUCGAUACUAUGGAAAUAUUAGUAGAUUUAUAAAUCAUCUUUGUGAACCUAACUUAGUCCCUGUUAAAAUGUAUGUUGAUCAUCAGGAUCUAAAUUUUCCUCGGAUAGCCUUCUUCAGUUCUAGAGACAUAAAACAAUAUGAAGAACUAGGAUUUGAUUAUUGUGAAAAAUUUUGGGUAAUCAAGUACAAAUACUUUACUUGUGACUGUGGCAGUUCUAAAUGUAAAUAUUCUAAAGACACUAUUCAUCACACUUUAGCUAAUUAUUAUCGUAGAGUUAAAGAAGAACAGCAAUUAGAAGAGGGUACAUUGCAACCACCCAUCACGGCAGAAUCAUAGUUUCUGUGUCAUUUUAGCUUUUGUAUUAUGUUUACGUAAUUUAACUUACUGUAAUAUUGGAGACUUGAUGAAUUUUUUAAAAAGUUGAAAUACUUCGAGAAGGAAAAGUUUUCUUCUUUUUUUUUAAUUUUUGCCUGGAAAAAUUUUUUAAUACAGAAAGAAUUAUAACUGUUUGUUUAUAAAACUAUUAUUACCAUUUUGAUGCUUUCAGCAGUUAUAUUUAAAAGAAAAAACAGUCUUGUAAAAAAAAAGUUUGUAAUCAACUAUUUUCAUUUAUGACUUUUGAUAUUUCUUUUGUGAAUAUUAUUCAAACGGUAUCUUUAAAUUGAUAAUUUUCUUCAAGUGUAUUUAAAAAUUUAACCCACUGUUGGUUCUGCACGUAAAAAGUACUGCACGUAUUUUAACCUGCAGUCUUCCUCACAUAGCAAAACCAAUUUUUCUAUGUUAUUAGAUACUUGGCUUUCUGUGAGAAACACAGAAAAUUAUUCAAUUCUGUGUCUUUUUUUUAAUUUUUUAACUAGACCUGGUAUUUUCAUAUUAUCGAAUACUGUAAUAGCCAAUGAAAUAUAUAUUUGAAAUAUAUACAAUUGGUCCUAAAAACCUAUUGACUUACAAGUAAUGCAAUUGUAUACAAUAUUUUCCGCAAAGUACUAUUUUUCAUAGAGAGAUCCUGGUUUUCAUAACAGGAUAACAAUCAAUUUACAAAGCAGUACUAAUAAAUGCUAAUUUGGUUAAAAAAAUUUUGCUGUAGAGAACUGAGAAGUAACAACGAGAAUCAGAGUUUAACCUUUUUAAAAUGAAUAUAAUUAUGCGUGCCUUUUGUGAAUCUGUUUUCUUAAUGCUUUUGAGAGUAUUGAAUCUUAGUAGAAUAAAAUGAGGUUUGUCAAUUUCAAGAAAUGCAUUCAAUAAAAUUGUUGUGUUACUGAUUAAUUAUUUAAAAUCUCAUAUGAAAUUUAAAUAUUGUUUUUUUAUGUUUUUCAAAUGACCAGCUUGUUUGAAAAUGUUGGAUGUUUCCAUUCUAAAUUUACUUGCAAUAUUUAUUUCAACAUUCUCAAUCUAUUGAAGUUAUUGUGUAAUUUAUCUUUUCCAUUGUAUUUAUCAGUAUGAAUUUUUAAUUCUAUCGACUGCUUUUUAAUAUUUUAUUAAAGUUUACAGAACUAUUUAAUGUCUCAUUACAUCCCAUGCCUUUAAAGAGCUGCAAUAAAUUAUGCUAUUGGCUAACUGCUUUUAACAUGAAUUAACUCUAUUUUUAUCAGUGAAAAAAAUCAUAAUUUUCUUAUAUAUGUAUCUCUAAACAAGUGUAAGCUAUUUUUUUUAUUUUAAUUAAGUUUUUCAAAUUUAUUUGAAAAUUAAUCAAAUUGUUAUGUUUUAGAAUAUUGUUAAUGCUUCAUCUAUUUCGCUGAAUAGAAAAGAUAUAAUAUAUUUUUAAAAAUGUAAUAUUAUUAUUUGAUAAUUGUAGUAAUCACAAGUUUGUCUUGCAACUAGUGUAUUUUUGUAAUACAACUAAUAUAUUGUUCAUUAAGGUUUUUAUUUUCCAACAUCACUAAUUAUUAAAAGUUAUUAUUUUUUAAAAAAAUACCCAUGUUGUUACUUUAAAGUGGAAGAUAAGUUAAGUUGCCCAUAAUAAGAUUUGGUUUAAAAUUAAUUAUGUAUCAUUUUUCAAUUUUUAGAUGAUAAAGCAAAUAAUGUAUCCUAAUUCAUUUUUUGUCACAAUCAAUAUGCUCUUUUACCAUUUAAAAUAUUGAAUACACAUUUUCUUGCUUUCUGAGUACAUACUCUUAGUGUUAUGUUUGACAUGGUGUAAGUACAGAAAUGUAAUCUAGUACCUAACUUACUUGACAAAUAAUCAGUUCAGAAAGAAAUAAUGUCCAUUUAAAGAAAGUAGUACUAUGUGUUAAAACUCCCAAAUAUAUUACAGUUGUUAAAAAUAGCUUACAAGUUGGAUGUCAAAAAAUUUUUUGGAAGCCAUCGGAUUGAAAAAGGGAAAAUAGACACACGCAUUUAAUGUUUUUUAAAAGCUAUCCAUUGUUACUAAACAUGAUCUUUCGCUGUCAUCACCUAGAGUCAAGAUGAAUAGCAACAUUAAAAUUCUAAAUAUUAGCUCUUAAUUAUUUUUUUUUAGGAUAGAUUCGGAUUCUUGGUGAGAAAGUAAACUAAUUUGUAUAUGCAUUUUGCUUCAAAGAGGAGUUGUACCAUCAAAAAUUAAAAUGAAAUGCUAUCUAUUAGACUGAAAAAAAAAAUUGUUCAAUAUCUUUUUCAAAAAAAAAAAUUGAAAAUAAUUAAUGCAAAAUAUUUUUAUGUUCUUAAUAUAAUCAGUCUCGAGACAUCACCAUUUUAAGCAGCUUGUACCCAAUGUUUAUUUUUCAUGGCACAUCUGUGAAGCAAAAUGCACAAACUUAUGGGCCACUUUUUUUCUGGAGAAUACUCAUCUGCAAUAAAGAACAGGAGUCCUAAUUUAUAAUUUCAAAAUGUCCUCAAGCUUGUGGUGGAAGUUGCCUCAGGGGUUGAGAUGGAAGGUCGAGUUUUGUAUAAUUGAAUAACUUUUAAAGAAAUUGAAUAAAUAAAUUUUUACUUUUUUUUAAUCUGAUGCAUAUUUUUGAGAUAUUUGCGCAUUUGGAGACUUUUUUUUAUACCCUGUAUAUGUUUUAGGGCAUCGUCUAUAUUACACAAUAAAGUUUUUAAAAAAUAGCAAAUACUGUAUGCGAAAAUUGUAUGCUAAACCCUUCUUGUUAGCAAGAGAGUAAAUAUAAUAGUUUAAAAUUAGAGCUCUGCUUUGACGAGUUAAACGGUAGCUUUUUUAUUCUCCCUGAAAGAAGAGCUUCUAGAAACACUUUUAAAUGGACUUAUGUAAGAAAAAUCCACUGUUGCUAUGACAUCCAUUAUUUUUAAAUAUACAAUGGAGCGUUCACCAUAAUAUCAUAUAUGCAUUAAAAUGAGUUUAAAAGCAGACACAGACUAUGAAGCUACACUAAACACUGACAACAUCCAACGGUUUCAGUUAUCAAAAGUGGUCACUUUGCUUGUCUUACCCAUAAAGUUUUACGACCUGUUGUUUUCAAUCAAGAUGAAUGUAUAAAAACCUUAGACCAGUGUUAUAUUUUAUUGUAUCACAACAUUGAAGUGUGUCUUCGUUAUGAAUGAAAAUAUCUCAUUGUUUUGUAUAAUGUUCAUAAUAAAAAUAUUCUCAUGA